AUGGCCAUGAACCGGAUGAUGAUGAUAUGGUACCUAGCUUUCUCAUCAAGGACCAAGGUCCAGCGACACUAUCUGCAGUGGAUUUUGGCAACUGGCAAGGAUAGCCCUUGCUUCAGGUCAGCGCCUUAUCAGUUAUCUGCAUCUAGAUGGAGAAUUUCUGUUGGGUCUGGACUGGCUUAUCUGCAUGAGGAUUGUGAUCCCAAGAUCCUUCAUCGCGAUAUCAAGGCAGCAAAUAUUCUCCUUGAUCACAACUUCGAGGCAAAGUGCCUUGAUCUUGAGGUCUUCCCUGAACUCAUCUUUCUCACAUCCUCUUUCUCCAUAGCUGAAGGGGGUGAUGAUAGAAGGACAAAGAUCUAA